AUGACCAGAGUACCUAGAUAUAAAGAGCACAAGGAUGAGACGGAGGAUGUAAAGAUGGAAGUAAGGAAAAGGGAUGUACCACCUCAUAUCAAUCUUGAUACGUUGACUCCUACUUCAUUGAGAACCCUUGAGGAGAGGACAUCGCUCGAUAAAUCACUGGCGAAGAGGAAGAAAAGGGAAGAGAUUAUACCGUCAGCUGUGGUAGAGAAGGAAGAGGUUCAGAUAUCGUCGACUGAGAAAAGGAAGAAGAAGGACAAAAAGACUGAAGAGGAUAGAAAGGAGGAGAUACCAUCUGAGAAGCGGAACUUGGAUCGAUUGAUAGAAGGAAAUCCUGUUGGUUCGUCAAAGAAGAAACGGAAAACAACGUCAGCUCAGGAAGAUAAUUCUUCACCAAAACCAAAGAAGCGAAAGACGAACUCCUCUGAUCCUAUCGCCUUGUCGGAACGGCAUAACGUAUCAGCUCAGCCCCAAUCGUCUUCCGUUUACACCAGUCGGCCUUCUCAAACCGCUCUCAUGCCUUCAAAUUCCACUUCCAACGACACUUUCAUUACUCGCAACGGGACGAUCUUGGCAUUUCAAAACAGUGGUCAAUACCUUCUUCAUUGGGCCCAGGCAGUCGGACAGAACGAACUAGAAGUCAACUGUCGUAAUGUCCCAUCUACUUUGACUCACUCUCAGUCCGAGACGACAGCGACAGUUAUCUCAAAGACCCUUCAGAGGAAGAUAAAGCAAGCUGAAUUGGAAGGAAGAGAAAUGCCAAAACCUGAAACUCCAGAACAUCAAGGUACACUCAGAGAAUGCUCAUUUCAUUUACCGAUUAUCGGCACGACCGUACAUUCCUCAAAACCUUUAGAGGGAGGUUGGAUGAAUAAGAAAUUGGCAAAGCAAAGUGCGAGUUUUGAAGCUAUCAAGAUAUUGUAUAAAUUAGGAAAGGUAGAUGAUAAUUUGAAAAUUAUCUUAUCAAGUUCAAGUUCAGAUUCUACCUCCAGCUCUAGCUCUUUAACUAGUGCGAGUGAAAGUACUCAUUCAGAUUCAACUGCGAUAACAGAUAUUUCUACCACAGGAGAACGAGAAGAAGAACUAAGAUUAUUGAACGAAACUCGAUUAAUGACUAAAUCUAGAAGUACCCAAAGAUGGGAUAAACAAAAAGAACUUAUCAAGGAUAGAUUACCACCUUCACCUUCUGAAUCAAGUUCGUCUAAACCUACUGGACAACAUGGUCUGGGAUCAUAUGAGUCUUAUAUUUCGCCUCCAUUCUGGGCCGAAUCUCGAUCACUCAAUACAGAUUGCUUAUACGCCACUACACUGGAAUUCAUCCUUGAGUCACCAUAUCAACAAACUCAUAGGAUCGACGAAAAAUGUAGAAAGUUAUGUUUGGUGACUAGUAGACCACUGGAUAUUUUCGAUAAGGGUGGGAUGGUCGAAAUAAACUUGACAAUAGGAGAUCAACAAUUACCCCAAAGUACGGGAUAUGGUCCAAAGUUUAAAUUAGUCGAUUAUGGUAGAUUGAAAUUUUGGUCUGAAGAGGAUUUAGAUAAAGCUCUGAAGUUUACUAAAAGGUUAUUAAGAGCAGAGUUACAGAAACCUUUCAAAGGUGAUUUGGCACGGGUGAAAUGGUUAUUGGUCCCGCUCAAAUCUGACUUCAUACCUUUCUCAUCACUAAAUAAGGACGAUGACGAAAAGAAGAAAAACGGCAAAGAGAAGAAGAAGAAGAAGAGAAGGAAGUUGAGUGAAAAAGAUAUAUCAUGGGAAGAAAUUUCGAAAAUCGUCGAUGGUCCACUAUACACCUCGAUCCACUUGGACGAUAUGGACAUACUCAAGAAACAAUGUAUUGAUCGAAUGAUCACUUCCCCAUCGGAAUUUGCUCGACGAAAAUAUAUUACCUCCGUGCGAUUCGACCUAUCCCUUGAUUCUCCCCAUCCUGCCAAUCCUGCCAGAACGAUCGUGGAGAGUUUACCCUCGGGAAUACCUCCUUUGGGAUAUAGUAAACAACCUAUUUUACAAUGUGAGAAUGUCCGACCAUACAAAUCAGGUGGAAUUAUGGGUUCGAUCCUCCACCCUAUAAAAGCAGAGACCAGCUAUAUAGCACCUGAAUUAACCAAGAUACAUUGCAUACCAUCCAGUAUAUAUCGGACGGGUACCGUCCUGCCUUAUCUAUUUGACGAGUUGGACAAUCAUCUAAUUGCAAAUCAAGCAAAUAAAGACCUUCUCAAUGGAAUGAUAGAUGGAAGGUUGUUAAAGCAGGCUUUGACUACUCCUGGAUCGAACAUGAUUUUAUCAAAGAAUUAUGAGAGGUUGGAAUUUCUAGGUGACACGAUAUUGAAGUUUAUUAUCACUCUAUAUUUCUAUUUGUUCGACCUUCCGUCCACCUCAACGAAAUCUUUCCAUUCGGAUUCGGUUUCACUUCCAAGAAGUAUAAGAAGUACGAAGAACGGUGAUGGUCGCAGGACUACAGAGGAAUUCGAUCAAGACCGACAUGCGAUAACUUCCAAUAGAUCGUUACAACACAACGCUUUAAAAGUAGGAUUGAACAAGUAUAUAAGAAACAAGAGGUUCAAAUCGAAAGAGUGGUUACCGAAAGAUUGGAUUUUGAAUUGGGAUGAAUGGAGUAAGAAUAAUAAUGGUGGUGAAGUCAAGGGAAAUCCUAGUCUGAAAGGGUUAGAAAGUAAGGAGGUAUUAGGGAUGAACGAUUUGGGAGAUAAAAUCCUCGCGGAUGUACUGGAAGCUAUUAUUGGUGCAUCGUAUCUGACUUCGAGAAAUUUCGACAAUGUAAUAUCGGUAGUGCAUUCAUUGGGAAUACCUAUAAAGGGAUUGAACGCAUGGUCCGAUAUAAAGCACCUUGUUCCCACCCCCUCCUUUUCACAUAAAACUACCAAAGAUGAGAAAGUAUCGGAAUUGGGAGAAGCGAAAUACAUGAAAUUCUUCAAAGCUAAGGGAAAGACUAUCCUGGGAUACGAAUUCAAAGAUGAAAAUAGGUUGAACCAAGUUCUGAGUCUCGACAUGAACCAACCUGGACAUAAAGAUAUUUUCGACAGAUAUCGGUUACUCGGUAAUGCGAUACUUGAUUAUUUCGUUGUUGAAUACCUAUAUGACAAGUACCCUGAAGAAGGUCCAUCUUCUUUACAUCUCAUGAAAUCCUCGAGGUGCAAUGAGGGCGCUCGUUCCGCGUUAUCUACUGAGCUCGGUCUACUUGAUCUUCUCAAAGACGGCACCGUUGAAACUACUUUGCAAAUUACCAAAAUUCGAAAAGUGCUAAAAGCUGCUAAAACCAAAACCGAUCAACUUCGAUCGAAAGCCAAAGCUGCUGAGAGUGAUCAGGAUCAUUCAAAGGUCGGAUUGGAAUAUUGGAUGGAAGUACCUACAUCUUAUACUACAUCGAAUCCGCUCGAAGCUCUAUUCGGAGCUAUCCUACACGACUCGUCAUUCGACAUCCAACCCCUUCGGCAAAUAUUCCAAGAAAAGUUAUUACCUUUCCUAGAGAAGUAUUGUACCCCUUCUAAAAGUAAGGACACGAACCCUAAAGCCGAGUUGAUAAGGUAUCUCCAAUCGAGAGGAUGUAUCACUGACAGGUUGAUCAUCGAGAAGAAAGUGUUGGGUACCAAUGACAGGAAGGUAGAGGUGAUAGUGAAUUACCAUGGGGUUGAAGUGAGUCGAGAGACGGUAGAGGAAGGGCUAGGGUUUAAAGCGGUGAAAGAUCGUUGUGCGUUCGCUUUGGGUUUCUUGAGGGAUCAAGGUGGUCUUGAGAAGAUAUGCGAUUGUAAGACUAAGAAGAGAUAG